AUGUUGGGACUUUUUCUACCUUUCCUCAGGCCAGCUUUACCCCCACCGUUCCAGACUCCAUCUCCCCGUCGGCCGACCUCGAUCAAAGUCCAGCAUACACAGAAUACAGUGCCUGUUGCUCAACCCUACCAUCAUUGCAAUUCAUUCCCAGUCUAA